AUGAAGGCUGUGGAAACCAUUUUAGUGUUUCUGCUUGUUCUGGUCACUUCAACCUACGGGAUACAGAGAGCGCCUCGUAUCAUCACCUUAUUGGAGACAGUGGACGUGUUACUGGAUCACAAUGCCACCUUCAUCUGUGAGGUGGAGUCCCGUCCCCCUGCUGACAUCACUUGGACCAAAAACAACCACCCAAUAAUGUACUAUGACCCCCGGUACAUUACCAGGGAGCAGGGCCAGAUGCUAAGCAUCCCUCAUGUAAGAGAGACAGAUAAUGGAGAGUACUGUUGCCUGGCCAGUAAUGGCAUCGGAGAGGCAGCAAAGAGCUGCGGAGCUCUGCAGCUCAAGAUGAAGCCACAGAUCAAACGCCAUCCUACCAAUCAAACCUUUCUGGUAGAAUCCAAAGCAGUGCUGCCCUGUGUAACCCUUGGCAACCCCAAACCAGAGGUCACCUGGCUCAAAGAUGAUGAGCUUAUCAAAUUCAGUGACCGUGUUACCAUUCUUGACUAUGGUGCAUUGAAGAUCCAUAACAUACAGAAGGAGGAUGCAGGACAGUAUCGCUGUGUGGCCAGGAAUAGCUUUGGUUUGGCCUUUUCAAAGCCUGUCACCAUAGAGGUACAGGCUCCAGCACGAAUCCUGCUGGUUCCAAAGGAGAAGAGAGUAGCGUAUGGAAGCCAGAUUUCCUUGAAGUGUAACGCCACAGGAAAUCCGAUCCCCACCAUCACCUGGCUGGAAAAUGGAAAUACUAUCUCAGGUGCGUCGGUCGAAGAGACUUUAAUUGGAGAGGUUAUCCUGUCUGUUCUUAAAGUGACGGUGAAUAAGCCGGCGCUGUAUACAUGCCUGGCUUCCAAUAGACACAACGCUGGGGCCAACACAGUCAAGGCAACUGCGAAAGUCACUGUCACAGAGUGGAGACUCUACAAGGGCAUUGCAGGCUACUGCAGUGCGUACCGCGGAGAUGUGUGCCGCACCAUCCUGCGAGAUGAUUUGCUGGUUUUCUUUAACUCCUCCCUCUCGGACCCGGAGGACAUGCAGGAGUACCUGGUUCAGAGCUGGUGGACGGAGCUGGAAGGACUCAGUAUGCUGUGUAGCCCUGCAGUACGCUCACUGCUCUGCCACUCCUCCUUCCCUGACUGCAACCCGUCAGGGUUAGGACCGGCACCUAAGCCUGUCUGCAGAGAACACUGCCUGGCUGUGAAGGAACUGUACUGCCAUAAGGAGUGGUUAGUACUGGAGGGCAGCAGUUCAGUCCAGCCUGGUUUCUAUAGCUCUGUCCCCGGGUCCCACUCUCCCAUUUCCCUGCUGCCCAACUGUCAGGCCUUACCAAGUCUACGCACAGACCCUGAUGCUUGUACACAUGUCCCUUUCGUAGAUAUCAAGCAAGAUGAAAUUACAACAACAUGUUACAAAGACAGGGGCCGCUUCUACCAAGGCAGCGUGAAUAUGACGAGGUCUGGGAUACCGUGUCAGUCAUGGAGCCAACAGAUUCCCCACCAGCACCGGCUGUCUGUGAAUGUGAUUCCAGAGUUAAUGAACUCAGACAACCACUGCAGGAACCCAGGAGGAAUCAGCGACAAGCCCUGGUGUUACACCUCAAAUCCCAACAUACGCUGGGAGUACUGCGCCGUGCCGCCGUGUGGGGAGAUCAUCACAGCAUCAGUGAUGAAGCCAGAGUCGGCAGGCCCUCGUCAGACUCCUCGUCUCCCUACCACGACCACUGUAUCAUCUCCGGCUUACUACAUGUCCGUCAUCAUCAUCCUCCUGAGUGCACUUGCAGCCGCAGUCUUCCUCACCAUAAGUAUCCUCGCCUGCCGCAAACGGAGGAGGCAGUGGAGAAACCGGAAGAGAGCAAUGGAGACCCCGGCGCUGAGCGCUCUUCCAUCAGAAAUGAUUCUGGAUCGACUCCACCCCAACCCCAUGUACCAGCGGAUUCCCCUGCUGCUAAACUCAAAGCUGCUGGCCCUAGAGUAUCCCCGAAAUAAUAUCCAAUAUGUAAGAGAUAUUGGAGAGGGAGCCUUCGGACGGGUUUUUCAAGCCAGAGCACCAGGCCUGCUGCCAAUGGAGUCUUUCACAAUGGUGGCUGUGAAGAUGCUAAAGGAGGAAGCGUCCGCUGACAUGCAGAAUGACUUCCAGAGAGAGGCAGCACUAAUGGCUCAGUUUGACCAUCCAAACAUCGUACGACUCCUAGGUGUGUGUGCAGUUGGUAAGCCCAUGUGUCUGAUGUUUGAGUACAUGGCCCACGGUGACCUCAAUGAGUUCCUGCGUCGCAGAUCUCCAAGCCAAUCAGUGCGCACCCUCAGCCGCGCCAGCUUGUCGGGUCGCAGUUUUACCUCAGAGCUGGAGGCGGGACUUCUCUCCUGUGCUGAGCAGUUGUCCAUUUCCAAGCAGAUCGCCGCGGGAAUGGCCUACCUGUCAGAGCGCAAGUUCGUCCAUCGAGACCUCGCAACGCGGAACUGCCUGGUUGGGGAGGAAAUGGUGGUAAAGAUCGCAGACUUUGGCCUCUCCAGAAACAUCUACUCAGCCGAUUACUACAAAGCCAACGAGAAUGACGCCAUCCCCAUACGCUGGAUGCCCCCAGAGUCUAUUUUCUAUAACCGCUACACCACGGAAUCUGACGUCUGGGCCUAUGGCGUGGUGUUAUGGGAGAUUUUCUCCAAUGGGAUGCAGCCGUACUACGGUAUGGGUCAUGAGGAGGUUAUUUACUAUGUGAGGGACGGUCACAUCCUGUCCUGUCCUGAUAACUGUCCUCUCGAGCUCUAUAAUCUGAUGAGGCUUUGUUGGAGCACACACCCAUCAGAUAGGCCCAGCUUCAGUAGCAUACAUCGGAUACUGGAGCGUAUCCAUCAAAGCACACUAAGUGUGAAUGCUGACACUGAGGUUGACUGCUAACCUAGGAACUUUUUCCAAACAAAUGUUUGUCCCUGUGCAUAAAAAAAAACAACUGAUUUAUGUAAUGAUCUGGUGCCGGAAAAACACACUUUAAUGUACAUAUAAUACCCAAACAGUAAAGUUAUUUCAGCCGACUUUCUGGCCCAAUUUGUCUUUUAGGAGACCCAAACUGCUUCCAUUACCAGACAUUUUUGUAUCAUAAAAAGCUCUCAUAAUUUAGUCAUUUGCAUAUUAUUUUUCAUUUCACAAUUCAGGAAUUGUUUUAAGGAAUUCUGUAGCGUUUUCAGACUCUAAACCAUCACUGCUGACCAUUAACCAGCACAUAUCCAUCACACAGGUCGGCUUUAUUUAUGAACAAUGUUACUUUCACGUCUGAACAGACUCUAAACCCUGUCCCC